CCAAACAACCAGCAGGAGUCCCCAGUGCACCAAUAAUUAGACAACCCUCUCCUGCCGUUCCAUCCUUUUAACGGAGGUGGAAAAGUAACUAAGUACUCUAGCACAGUACUUCAGUGCAGUUUGGAGGAACUUGGAGAUUAUGAUUUCUUUUUUAUGUUACUUUGCACUCCAACUCCACUCCAUUAACACAUAUGUAGUAACACAUUUGAAGUGAUCAUGCUGAACCUGCUUCAUGGGCAGAGAGGGCAGAACGUUGGCGAUGGGUGGAGACGAUAUAAAAGGAAGAGCUCAGAGUUCAUCAAGCACAGGAGGAGUCAUGUUCAUGCAUGAAAGAGGAACAGACUAAAUUUGCUGUUGAUCAUGGAUGAUUAUGUCCGCAGCAAAUUAACUGAGUGGGGCCUCAGUGAAUAUAUCCAAAAAUUUGAAGAUGAAGGCGUUGAUAAGAAAAAUUUUCACUGCCUCAACGAACAAGACUUUGCUAACUUGAUACCAAAAAUGGGACCAAGGGCACUGUUCAGGGAGAGUUUCAAGUUGUUGAAGGAAGAAGAAAACACAACAAACCAGAACAUAAUUGAAUCUCCUGCUCAGCUGCAACAGGAGCGUGAAGAAGUGGCUGAAUCAGAUCAGGUUUUGCUGCCCACCAGUGCCACAAAGGGUAAAGGAAAGAGGAAGCUGGAUUUUCAGGGCGAGUCCAGCAAAUUGCUUUCAACACCUAGUAAACGCAAACGUGACAGUGGAGGAGGAUCACAUACGGAAAAAAUACUGUCUGAUGUGAAAAAUAUCAUGAACGAUGUCAAACAGAGGCUACCUAAUCAAGACAACAACAAGCUCAUUGAGUUCCUGACGACUGAAAUCAGUAACUUGGAGGAAGACAAGAGAGAGCAGGUUGGCGUCUUUGGUAAAACUGGAGCCGGAAAGAGCUCUUUGAUAAAUGCUGUCAUUGAAAAGAAAAUUCUGCAUUCUGGAAUCAUCAGUGCAUGUACCUCAGUCAUGAUUAAAGUGGAGGCCAACACGAAGAAUAAAAAGUAUGAGGCGGACAUUGAGUUCAUCACAAAAGCGGAGUGGCAAUAUGAGUUGCCGCCCAGGCCUUGGGAUGAUGUGGAUGAAGACAUUGAUGAAAAGAUGUCAGCAGUGUAUGGGGAAGAAUGGAAAAACAUGUCUGACGAAAGCUUUAUGGAUAACAAGUAUUUCAAAGAAAUUCCAGAAUUUCUCCAAUCUGAGAAGAAGAAUUUGACAUGUGGAUCGGCUGAAGACCUGUCUGAAAAAUGUGCCAGAUACACAAGAACUGACUCAACAUCCAGAGAAAAAGGCAGAAAGAGAUGGUAUUGGCCGCUUGUAAAGUGUGUGACUGUCAGAGUGCCGAAUUAUGCUUUCCAGCAUGUCACACUUGUGGAUCUCCCUGGAACUUGUGACCGUAACACGAGUAGAGAUAAAAUGUGGAAAGAGGUUGUUGGAAGUUGUUCUACUGUGUGGAUUGUGACUGAUAGUAUUCGACCAACAGCGGACAGAGAUGCCUGGGAGAUCUUAGAAAGUGCCAGCAGCCUCAUGGGAAAUGGUGGCGAGUGUCAGCAGAUUCACUUCAUCUGCACCAAGUCGGAUCUUAUUACGGAUUCCAAUAAUGAGUCAGCAGCUGAUGUUCGUGCUCGUGUCAAGGAAAAAGUGAUCCAAGCGUUCAGCAAACUACCCAAAGUUAAGAAACAUUUCAGAGAUGGCUGUAUGAAAGUGUUCACAGUGAGCUCUGAAGAGUUCCUGGAGAAAAAACGACUACAACCAGAUGAAACUGAAAUACCCGAACUUCAGGAAUUUCUGCAAAAUCUCAAUAACUGUCACUCAGAAACAUUUAACUAUGUUUCUGGAGCUUAUGGGAUUCUCUCCCUGAUUAAAGGGGCCAGAAGUAGAGAAGUGGCUGGCAAAAAAACCAAAGUGUGCUCAGAACUCAAUGAAAAUAUGAGGCGUGAACUCCAUAAAGUCCAAAAAUCCAUGGAUGACACUUACAAUGCUUUCAGAAAAUACCUUAGCAAGGGAGUUGAAGACUCAAAGAAAAGAUGCCAAGAAAAGUUGAUGUUCGAAUUAAACCCUAAAGGAGUAUCAGGUCGAGGUUUUCACAAGAUCUUAAAGUGUGUGGUUAGGAAUCAUGGCACCUACAAACCAAAAAAAUCGAAACAAAUCAACCUCAAUGAGACAUUGGCUUCAUGCCUGACUGACAGCAUUGAUGAGGAAUUCAGGAAGACCUUCCCAAAUGAAAGAAAUUGCGAGCCAUUCAACGGGGUCAUCAAUGCGUUUUCACUGGACACAAACAGCCUGAUUGAGAGGUUCACUGAUGUCACACUCCAACUGAUAUUUCUCAAGACAGAGGAAAUGAAAAUGAAAACAAAACUCAGCAAAGAAAUCCGUGAUCGUAAGAAAAAGAUCUACAACAGUCUGACAGAGGAAAUUGAGAAAAGCAUGAGAGAAUGCUAUAAAAUAGCAGCUGGCUUCGAAGGAGAGGACACACUGAAAAACAUGAGGGAGACUAUUAUGAAGCAUGUGCUUUCUUCAAAUCACAGCAUGUUUGAGCAGGCUAAAGAGGAAAUUUUGAGCCGCCUGAGAGACUUAAUGGAUGAAAUCCUGAAGACACUGAAGGAAACAAUGCAAAAAUCAAUCGAGCUGUCACUCAAGACAGAUGAUUACCCACUGCCAGAUUUUGAAGAGGAACUUUCAGAAGUGGAAAAAUACUACAACAACUUGAAGAAAAGCCAUUUUGCUCAGUGGGGAGAAGCAGCAGAUGCCUGAGUACCAACUAAAGGUCCCUGCAGACCUGAUGCAUAGAGACAAGAGGCCACUGAAAUUUGGCUUCAACCAUUUAUGUCAAGUUGUUAUCCCUGUACUCUUUGAGGGUUGUAUGUUGAGUUUGCUUGUUAUGAAUUUCAUUUCGGAUUAUUUAUUUAUUUUUUUCCCUGAAAAGGACAUUGUCGCUUUUUAAUUGACUGAAUCAGAGGCGGACAGAAAAUGUGUGUGUGUGUGUGUGUGUGUGUGUGUGUGUGUGUGUGUGUGUGUGUGUGUGUGUGUGUGUGUGUGUGUCACAGCAAAGUUCACCAGUCAGAUUUAAACCAGGGACAUUGUGGUUUCAUUGUACUGGUCCUAACCACCGCAACAUUAUCAUAGAGAGACAUUUUGUUUUUCAUUUUUUCUCGUUCUUGAGUACAUGUUAUAUGUUAUUUAUUCAUGCUCUUAUUUUGAGUUCAGUAGUUAAGUUUUUGUUGAGUUUAAUGGUUGAUUGGGAUCAACGCACUGCAAUUUAAAUGAUUCUUUUAUUCAUGGGUGUCAUUAAACCCUUGAACCUUGAUUACAAGCUAUAGGCUGGAUAUGACAUGAACAUCAGGCUUUUAAAACAAAUGAUCAUGAAUGACUCUUUUGUCUUAAUGCUAAAUAAUUGUUUCUGUGUGUUCAUAUAUGAGAAAUAGAGAGAAUUAGAUGAUAGUGAUUUUUUUUGUUUUAAUCUACACUGAUUUUGAAAUGCAUAGAUGGACAGACAGGUGACAAAUGAAAACCACAAUGAAUGCAUGGAGAUACAUGACAAAUGCAGAAAUGUUCUUACAGGACUCGGGGGGUCAUUGAUUAUUUUUAUGAAAAUGGAAAUGAUGUGAAUAAAUUGAACACCUGUUGGAGACAGUUCCAGACAUCCUUUAAAGUGUCACCAACCUUUUUUAGAUUUUGUAUGCUGUUCAAUAAAGUUCUCUUCUGAGUAAAAAUGCCACUGA